AUCUUCAACAUUCUUCCUCAACAAUAUUUAUUCGUCUUCAAAAGAAAUUUUUUGACCAUGCCUGUCACAAGAACAACUUCAUCUCACAUCGUUGACGAAAAUCAAGAGCCUAACCAAGAUUAUAGAUGGGAAUUAUUCGAUUUUGCACAAGGAUCAACAAAGAACUACUCAUCUUCUCGCCAACUUGCAAGCUUAACAUACUAUGCAGGAUCUAGCAUAAUUAGUCAACAUGGCUGGGGCAUAAGAGGUUUAGAUUGGAGCUAUCGAUGGGAGUGUUUCAGACAAAGUUCAACCACUUUUUGGUUCAUCGAUGAUCCACCAUACUCGAAGGAGAUUUUAUCAAAGCCCUACCCAAAGAAAUAUGAAAGUCCUACAUUCCCGCAAUAUGAUGGGAGAAAGGGCAGCAGUGUAGAGUAUGUCAACAAGUUCUUUGAUGCCUUGGGGGCUCACGCUGGUGAUAAGGACUUGUGCCUAAGUGAGUUUUCUAAAACCCUCUCCGAUAGAGCUUACACUUGGUAUACUACUUUGCUCCCUAGCUUUAUCCACUCUUGGGAUGAAAUGGUUGAGCAAUUUUGUCAAAUAUAUUUUCAAAGUGAGGAGCGCAAUACCAUUCUUGAUCUUUAUAAUACUCGCCAAUGUGCUGGCAAAGAUUUGGUGGUUUAUGCAAAAAGGUUUACAAAUUUGGUACUUGAUUGUUAUGGCGGCCAUGUUGAAUCUUUCUUGGUGGAGAUCUACAUCAACAACAUGUUCCCAAGAUAUCGUGCUAUCCUUGAAAAUAUCAAGAUAAGUCAGUGUGCAAGGCUACUUAAUGCUGCUAGGAGAAUAGCCAUUUUUGUCAAAGCCAUCUCUGUUGGAAGUCUAUAGUGAAGUCAGCAGAAAAGAAGGCCACUGCUCGCACCUCAACUAUCCAUGCAAAGCGAAGCAAAAUGUCUAGCUUUUGAAGCUAAGAAUGAAAUAUCCUAUAAGCA